GUCGGCCGCAGCGUUGGUGUGGCGCUACUUGCCAUCGAUUGUUUACUUGUCUGUCCUAGAGUGCCCUUUGGAAACCCUUUUUAAAAGACAAAUUACACUGACGCUUCGAGAAAGAAAUUAGAGAUGGAGGAGGGUAUACUCUCACUGCGUUGGAAUAAUCAUCGAUCAACAUUUUUCCAUAUUUUAUCUACACUUCAUAGGAAGGAACUUUACAGUGAUGUAACGUUAGCAUGCAAUGGUAAAUUUUUCCCAGUGCAUAAGUUGGUGCUUUCAGUGUGUAGUGAAUAUUUUGAAGAAAUGUUUAAGCAGACCACAUGUAAACAUCCCAUAAUAGUACUUAAGGAUAUUCUUCACGAUGACCUUGAAGCGCUUCUCAAUUACAUGUAUGCGGGUGAGGCAAAUGUAGCGCAAAAUGACCUCGCCAGAUUAAUUAAAGCUGCUGAGUGUCUAAGAAUCAAAGGUCUAGCCGUCCCGGAUGAAGCCCCCCCUUCCAGUGAGAGUAAAAGAUCCCAUACUGAGGGGCUGAGAGAGGAAGCGCCUCACCCCAAGCGGCGGAAACAUGAUGACAGCUCAUCGGCCUCCUCCAAGUCGAGCCAAGGGCGGCAGUCGGAGGAUGAACCCAAAGAUAAAAAUUGCAAGGAAUUGUCCAGCUGUAUGGAACAACAGCAACAGCAGAGUGGAAGAUAUAGUGGGCAGAGUACGGGAUUACAGCAAAUAACGAGUCCUGAACUACAACUUGAAUUAGAAAUGGGGAGAUCAAGUCAAGACGACAACAGUGCUACUCAAGAUCUAGCUGAGGUUGUCCUGGAUGAACAGCCGCUGAUCAAAGAGGAGAUCCAGGAACCCAAGCACGAACACGAUGACGACAUAACACACCAAACGGACUCGGAGGCAAGCAUCAGUUUUGACCCCCUCAAUUCUGGGGAUGAAAGAGGAGGGGGUACAGGCAUAUAUGACCCACAGCUGAUGGUCUCACACCCACAGAGUGUCCUACAAGAUAUCAUGGUGCAAGGGGUCCCGGGCCCUUCUGGACUGCCCACGGACUCCAUCACCAGCUGGGAUUCAGGUGGAAACGUAGGCUUUUCACUAGAAGGAUUCACAGGCGAGGAUGCGAGGACGACCCAGGCCAUGGAGUCAUUGGGGGUCGCAGCUGCAGCUGUGGCAGCGACCGCGCUGUUGUGCCCUUAUUGUCGCCGGGCCUUCAUGUACCGCAGUGAUUUAAGCCGGCAUGUGAGAACACAUACGGGUGAGAAGCCUUUCACCUGCCCUCACUGCUUGUAUAAGGCAUCCCAGAAGUCGCACCUCCAAGAACAUAUCAAGAGGCGGCACUAUGAGUUAUAAAUUGAUAAGUGUGCACAGUGGAGCUGGAAAGAGACCAUAGAGGAGUCUCUCUCCUAGAUUCUUGGGACAUAUAUUUUAUGAUAUUAUGAAAGCCAGAUACUUAGAUGUUCGUUUGAAUGCCAAACAUGCUAAUAUGCUUAGCAUGGGGAUUGUUGUCCCUUGGAAGUGAAUUUCUUGUGUAAAUGUUAUGAAAGACAUUGAAUUUUUAAAGUGAGAUUAUGAAAAAAACAACAAUAAAAAGUGCUACAAAGAAAAUAUAGGAAAUGAACAGCCAUGGUGCAGGUGAGACCAAAGGGUAUAUGGAUUAGUUUUAUUUAUUUAUUUAAUUAUUUAUUCUUAAUGGGUUUCAUGUGUGUCUUUGGCCUGGUAAGUGUAAGAAAAUAAUGUUUAUAAUAGGAUAUUUAAAGAUUAUCAAUUGUUACAACAUGACACAAUUUACUUAACCCAAUGCCGCUAUGAACAUGUAAUGGACUUUGCAGUAUUGUUUUGUGAAAUGCAUAUAAACAUAGAUGGCCCCAAAAGUGCAAAGCCACUUGUAUUACUGAUAUUGAUUCUGUUAUUAUCAUAAUUGACAUAGUAAUUAUUACAGUGUUAAAAACAGUAGAGUGAGAGAGAGAGAGCGAGAAAUCUUGGUGAUUAAGUACUAAUGGAGCCAUAUAUGUUUAAAUACAAUUAAUAAACUAAACUAAAGAGUGGGUAUGGCAUGUACAUAUAUGCCAUCCCAGGCGGCAUUGGAUUAACAUUAAUUAUAUAUAUUGUGUACAUAGAAGCCCGACACUGAUUAAAAAUUAACAUACAUCCAUUAUUAUACACACUCGUGCACAUGCACAUGCACACACUCAUGCACACACAAACGCACACACUCAUGCACAUGCACACACACUGACACACCCGCAAACUGAUGCAUGUAUGCGCACCCACGCACAUUGACGCAUGCACGCAUACCCACACCAACACAUACCCAUGCACACAUGCA